ACAGAGCCAGCCUGGAUUCAACUGGAGGAGAAAAUGGGCUUCGCCUCUGGAUGGGAGGAGUAGCAAAGUGACACUGCAAAAGGCACAUGCAACAGAAGGGAUUGAUUGCUGGACCAUCUUUGGAAACAAUCUACCAGGUCCCAUCUCCACUGAGGGUCCCAGUAAGAAAACAUGCCUCCCAAGAAGCCUGAGCCUAAAAAGGAAGUGGCCAAGCCAGCCCCAGGCCCUGCCCCAGCUCCUGAGCCCCCUAAGGAACCUGCCUUUGACCCCAAGAGUAUAAAGAUAGACUUCACUCCUGACCAGAUCGAAGAGUUCAAAGAGGCCUUUUCCUUGUUCGACCGGACCCCGACUGGAGAGAUGAAGAUUACCUAUGGGCAGUGUGGGGAUGUUCUGCGGGCCCUGGGCCAGAACCCCACCAACGCCGAGGUGCUGCGCGUCCUGGGCAAGCCCAAGCCUGAAGAAAUGAACACCAAGAUGCUGGACUUUGAGACGUUCCUGCCCAUCCUGCAGCACAUCUCACGCAACAAGGAGCAGGGCACCUAUGAGGACUUUGUGGAGGGGCUCCGGGUUUUCGACAAGGAGAGCAACGGCACAGUUAUGGGUGCUGAGCUUCGCCAUGUGCUUGCCACCCUGGGAGAGAAGAUGACAGAGGCUGAAGUGGAGCAGCUGUUAGCUGGGCAAGAGGAUGCCAAUGGCUGCAUCAAUUAUGAAGCUUUUGUCAAGCACAUCAUGUCUGGGUGAAGCAGACCCCUCCAGGGUGCCCAGCGCUUGGCCUUAGCCCUCCAGGGUGACUGGGCUGGAGCUGGAGUCCUCAAUUAACCACAGCCCCAAGGACCUCCAGGAUGGACGCCCUCUGUAAAUAAACAACUCCAGCAAGGCUGGGACGAGUGCCCUGA